GAAGUCGAUUUUCACGGUGCCUUUCUCCAGAUGCUGGCUCACAUUCGCUACUCUCCCUUUCAAGCGUUCAGAAUCGUUUCCUCUCGUCGCCCGCAGGGGAUCAUGUCCAUCAGCGCGGGAGCCGGCGAUCCAACGGACCCCGGCACCGCCUUCAAGCUGCUCGUCUCAUGUCCCUCUGGUCUCCCUGCUUCGCAGGCUUUUGUCAAUUUCGACGCUUCCUACGAUCGGAUUCCUCAUCCUGAUGCUAGUUUAGAAGAAUCCAUUAACGAGAUAUGGAAUCGGCGAGUUCAGGGGAAUCCUUCACUGUAUAGUGGAUUAAAGUUUAGGUAUGGGGAUCACACUGUACAAUAUGCAGAUGGCUCAGAUAAAAUUUCCUCAAUUUGCCUUCACUUGGGUCUCACAGAUUACAGGUCAUUUGUGGGCACAAACUUGAAUCCUUUAUGGGAGAGGUUUCUUUUUCCUUCAGCAGAUGACUCUUUAUGCUGUCAACAUACAUCAAGUCCGCUAGGAAAUGGAGCUAUAGUGGAAACAUCUGAUGGAAAGAUUCUCAUCUUACAAAGAAGUCAUAAUGUGGGCGAGUUUCCAGGAUAUUUUGUUUUUCCUGGAGGCCAUUCGGAGCCCCAAGAAAUUGGAAUUUCUUCUCAUUGCGCUGAUAAAGGCACCAUACAGUCUGAUCUUAUAAAUCAGAAAGUUUGUGUAGAGAUGUUUGAUGGUAUCAUUCGGGAGGUGGUUGAAGAAAUUGGUGUUCCUGCAAAUUCUCUGACAAAUCCUCUUUUCAUUGGAAUUUCUCGUCGGGUCAUGAAUGCCAGGCCAACAGCUUUCUUCUUUCUAAGGUGCAAUCUACCAGCAGAAGAAGUUCGUGAAUUUUAUUCAAAAGCACAAGAUGGAUUUGAAUCCACUCAAAUAUUCACAGUUUCAAGGGAUGAUUUGAAGAAACUGGCACUGAAAAUGCCUGGUUGCCAUUGUGGAGGACUUGCUCUUUAUGACCUGAUGACGGAAACCCUCAGCUCUCACACAUAGUUAAGAAAAAUGCUUCAAGUUUUCUGUGGCUUAUUUCAUUUACCUCUUCUUCACACAAGUCAGUUAAAUACUUGAUGACGCAAAUUUCUGUAUGUCUCAAACACAACAAUUCAGGUGUACUGUUCUCCAUAUCUGGUUCCACCAUCUCUUCAAUAUGAGGUGAUCAUUCUUCGUGGAAUAUUUGUGGAGGAGGUAUGCACUUAGCUGCAUCGAGAAAGAUGUUAUCUGUUACAUGGGCCUAUUCAAUGGAGAUAUUCUGUUCUUUGUUCCGUGGGACUUCUACUUUUGAACUUUCAAUUUCAUGCUCAUACAUGAUCAAACGACACACUUUUCUCCCCACACACAUUCAAAAUAUCUUUGCUUCAGUGAAUUAAAUUAUUUUAUUUUUCAGUGGAGAUAUUCUCUAAAAUAUGCUUAUUAUAAGUUUAUUGCAUGUAACACAAUUGAGAGUUAAAUGGGAUCAAGUUGGCUUGGUUUUCGGGAUGUAUUCCUAGAUGUUCUUUUAUUACUUGACUGCUUCAUGAUAGACCUUGAUAAAUUGGAGAAGAU